CCAGCCCCUCGCGGGAGAUCCUUUCAGUCACCGCCAGGGGAGCGGACCGCCGCGCUCAGCCCCGGCACAGCCGGGGCCAAUUUCGCCGUUGGCGGCGGGUUUGUGAUGCGCAGGUCUCCAGGCCAAAGGAAGCCCGCCUCUCGGUGGCGAAGCGAUUAUUGGCUGAGCGGGCUGUCAAUCACCAGGGCAAUAAAUACCGGAGGCGCGGGCUCCUCGGUCAGGAAGGCCGGGAGCGCGCGGCGUGCCUGGAGUCCCCUGCGCGAGCCGCGCGGGUCGCCGUCCCCGGGGUCGGAUCUGACUGUCGAUACUCGGUAGUAACUGGAGUAGAUAAGAAGAGGGGCCCCUCCCGUCGUUCCCUCCGGGCCGGGCCGGCGUGAUGGCAGACACCGCAGCGACGGGUGCCAGCGGGGAAGCGAUGGCGGCGGCGGCGGCGGCAGGUUCCGCGGGUCUGGCGGGCUUGUCUCUGGGUCACGGCUUCUCGAGCUACCGGCCCUUCGAGCCCCAGGCGCUGGGCCUGAGCCCGAGCUGGCGGCUGACGGGCUUCUCCGGCAUGAAGGGCUGAGGCUGCAAGGUCCCCCAGGAGACGCUGCUCAAACUCCUGGCGGGACUGACGCGGCCGGACGAGCGGCCCCAGCUGGGCCGGGCCCUGGUGGGAGGCCCUGAGGAGGCGGCCCGGGAAGCCGGCCUGGCGGCCCUGGCGGAAUCCAGCCCACCUUUCCCCGCCCUGGGCAUCGGCAUGGACUCCUGCGUCAUACCCCUGAGGCACGGAGGCCUGUCCCUGGUGCAGACCACGGACUUCUUUUACCCCCUGGUGGAGGAUCCCUACAUGAUGGGGCGCAUCGCGUGUGCCAACGUGCUGAGUGACCUGUAUGCCAUGGGCAUCACCGAAUGUGACAACAUGUUAAUGUUACUCAGCGUCAGCCAGGCUAUGAGUGAGGAGGAACGAGAAAAGAUCACCCCGCUCCUGGUCAAAGGCUUUCGGGACGCUGCUGAGGAAGGCGGGACUGCGGUGACUGGCGGGCAGACUGUGGUAAACCCCUGGAUCAUCGUGGGCGGGGUUGCCACGGUGGUAUGUCAGCCCAAUGAAUUCAUAAUGCCGGACAGCGCAGUUGUCGGGGAUGUGCUCGUGUUAACCAAACCCUUAGGCACCCAAGUCGCUGUCAAUGCCCACCAGUGGCUGGAGAACCCCGAGAGAUGGAGUAAGAUAAAGAUGGUGGUCUCCCGAGAAGAGGUGGAGCUGGCCUAUCAGGAAGCCAUGUUCAACAUGGCAACCCUCAACAGAACUGCCGCGGGGCUCAUGCACACGUUUAAUGCCCAUGCAGCCACAGAUAUCACAGGCUUUGGCAUCCUGGGACACUCUCAGAACCUUGCGAAACAACAGAGAAAUGAGGUGUCCUUUGUCAUCCAUAAUCUGCCAAUCAUUGCCAAGAUGGCUGCCAUCAGCAAGGCCAGUGGGCGCUUUGGGCUCCUCCAAGGAACCUCGGCAGAAACUUCCGGGGGCUUACUGAUUUGCUUGCCGAGGGAACAGGCUGCUCGCUUUUGUUCUGAAAUCAAAUCUUCCAAGUAUGGAGAGGGUCACCAAGCAUGGAUCGUGGGCAUUGUGGAGAAGGGGAACCGGACGGCGCGGAUCAUUGACAAGCCUCGAGUUAUUGAGGUCCUACCUCGUGGGGCCACUGCUGCAGCGCUUGCUCCUGACCACUCCAAUGCGUCUUCUGAACCUAGCUCCUGAGAUGGGAUAGCAGAAGUACUUUGGACCGUGGAGCCUUUGUACACAAUCAGGGAUGAUUCUGAAGAGCUGAUUUUAAGAACAUGUUUCCAAAGAAGGCUGCCUGCUAGUAGUUUCAGUUGCCCCUUCCAGGUGAUUUGAAUCAGCCCAUCAUAAGCUGCACAUCCCAAGGCCAGAAGUAGCAUUUUGGACUUCAGGGGACGGUUGUUUAGUUUGGGCUUAGUAAAGGAGCAGAAAAACCUGUUUCCUCCUUCCAAGAGCUAAAUGAGGCUGUUCCAGUUUGAUGGGAUUGCAGAUAUAUAUAUAGUUGAACCAAUACUGUUGAUAAAUAUAAAUUGUUAAGAAAGAUCUUAUAAUGCAAUGUCAGGUUGUUUAUUAGAUUUUUUUGAAAUACUCUCUCUUUCCUGCUCUGGACAAGAAUUGAGCAGCUUGUCCAAUGACUGGGAAAGGAGGAUGUGAACCAUCUGACUUGGUCUCUGUUAAUGAUGUCUCUCCCUCCAAACCCCUUUAGGGACUGGGAGAGGCAGAGCAAGCCCUAGAGCCCAGGCCUCAGUGGUCAUUAAGAUGUUAAAUUUAGUGCUGAAAAUUCCUGAUGAUUGAAUCAAUAAAGUGAUUUCUAGUGAAAUAAAUAGAAA